AUGGGGGCGUUCCUGCUUGACGAACCUCUUGAUAUCGGCAAGUGGCGGAAAGACGCGCACGAUACUAAAAUCGCCGUGGAUGCGGACCCAGAGUCCGACGACGACGAUAGGAUGCAUUCGAUAGAGAUGGAGGAUGUGGCUGGAAAAGACUUGGCAGCGUAUCACAUGGUGUUUUUUGUUGCAGACCUCCUCGUUUCCCUUGCUCUCAUUCACCCGAACAAUGUCGCAGAGAAGACGCGUCGCAAACGGGCGAUGGCCAAAAUUGUCGAGUAUUCGACGUGUCCCAUGCAUCGUUUAGCUCUGGGAGACAACCUCACAGACUCUAUGCGUCCGCUCUACUGGAUGGAAAAAGUGAUCGUUCGCUUCGCACACGCUGGAGGGCUCCCAGCGCUCUUUGAUUGGGCCCAGAGCAUGGCAACGAAAUUUUGCGACGAUGCCAUACAGAACCUACCAAUGGAGAUGGAAGGAGGUUCAUUUGCAGCGACCCCUAUUUUCGCGCGAAUUAUGCACGAGAUAUUUACUCACUACAAAUUAGAACCGUUCGAGCGUGGUAGCACGCUCUCACACAACAACAUCAUAUUUUUCUUUCUUCAUCGCCGUCUCUCACGCAAGCCCUCGACAUACAAGACGCCUGACGCCAUGCUCACUCUGCUGAAAAAAUUCGACCAUGUCCCGCGCACAACACGGAAGCGUCACGGGUGGAUGAUACUCGCCGUAUCCGGCCGCUGGGACUGCCUGACCCUGUACGGGUGGGGUUAUUUCUGUUGUCCCGAACUUAAAGCUUUGCUUGAACUCAAGGAUCGCCGGGUCAGAGGUGUCCGGGAUCCCCUCGUCGAGGAGAGGCUAUUCCAGUGGGGAUGA